AGCAAAUGGACUUCCUGGGAGCAGCCACUGUUGUCCUCCUGGUUUGCAUUGCUUGCCUGCUAUCCUUCACAGCAUGGAGAGGGAGGUCUGGAAAGGGGAAGAUGCCUCCAGGACCGGCUCCCCUUCCCAUCCUAGGUAAUGUGCUGCAAGUGAAACCAAAGAACUUGGCCAAAACCCUCCAGAAGCUCAGUGAAGAGUAUGGACCAGUGUUCACAGUGCACUUGGGCUCUGACCCAGUGGUGGUGCUGCACGGACAUGAUGCGGUGAAAGAAGCCUUGGUUGAUCACACGGACGAGUUUGCUGCCAGAGGACACAUGCCAAUAGGAGACAGGGCUAACAAUGGAUUAGGGAUUGUUUUUAGCAACAACAAGGAGUGGUUACAAGUCCGGCGGUUUGCUCUCAGUACUCUGCGCAACUUUGGAAUGGGGAAAAGGAGCAUUGAAGAGAGGAUCCAGGAGGAAACUGAGUACUUGCUGGAAGAGAUCAACAAAACAAAGGGAACACCUUUUGACCCAACCUUCAUGCUGAGCUGUGCUGUCUCCAAUGUCGUAUGCUCCAUCAUCUUUGGGAAACGAUUUGACUACAAAGACAAGAAGUUCCUGGCCCUGAUGAGCAACAUGAACAACACCUUCGAGAUGAUGAACUCCCCAUGGGGACAGCUCUACCAGAUGUUCUCAAAGAUCCUGGAUUACUUGCCUGGCCCACACAACAAAAUAUUCACAGAAUUUGAUGCUCUAAAAGCCUUUGUGUCAGAGGAGGUGAAGAUGCACCAAGCCUCCCUAGAUCCCAGCUCCCCCCAGGAUUUCAUUGACUGCUUCCUCAGAAAAAUGCAGGAGGAGAAAGAGCAUCCCAAUUCCAGUUUCCACAUGAAGAACCUGAUAACCAGCACCUUCGACUUGUUCAUUACCGGAACUGAGACAAUUAGCACCACUGUAAGAUAUGGGCUUCUGCUUCUUCUCAAAUACCCGAAGAUGCAAGAGAAAGUUCAAGAAGAGAUUGAUCAGGUAGUGGGACGAUCACGAAGACCUUGUGUGGCUCAUCAGACCCAGAUGCCCUACACAGAUGCAGUGGUCCAUGAAAUCCAGCGCUUCAUCUCCCUCAUCCCCCUGGGUCUCCCUCACACUGUGACCAAAGACACCAGCUUCAGAGAGUACGUCAUUCCCAAGGGCACCACAGUCUUUCCCAUCCUCAGUUCUGUCCUCCAUGACAGUAAAGAGUUUCCAAACCCAAAUGAGUUCAACCCUGGACAUUUCUUGAAUGACAAUGGCACCUUUAGGAAAAGUGAGUUCUUCAUGCCCUUCUCAGCAGGGAAGCGAAUAUGCCCUGGAGAGGGCCUGGCACGCAUGGAGAUAUUCUUACUCAUAACCACCAUCCUGCAGAACUUUACCUUGAAGCCUGUUGUCGACCCCCAGGAACUCAACAUAACCCCAACACUGAGUGGGACAGGCAACGUACCUCCUGCCUACCAGCUCUGUGCUCUCCCCCGCUGAAAAGCACAAAACCUCUCUCCACGGUAUCCUGAGCCUGGCUACUCCUUUACAUCUCCCUUACUAAAACCAACAGCAGAAGCAUUGGCUCACCUUUGCAAGGCCUCCAGGAAGGCAACCCAAACACAGAGUAGAUACAUGCACAGAGUAGACACCUUCAAAGCCUCCCAGAACUGCUCCACUACAUUGCAAGGAGGCCCUGGGUGACAUUGCAGCCUGUGCACUGACGCUCUGUCCACAGGUUCAUUGAGCGCAGUGACUGCAUCAAACAGCUGAUUUUCUCAUAAACAUGGCUCACAUGGCUGCCUGUGACCUGCUUCUCCCACAGCACACGUCCCACCAACGGCAGCACGCUUUGCAGAUGGAUAGCGCUGCUUAUGUGUAUGUUAAUGACCCAGUAAAGAAAAAUCUGUUUAUGA